CGCUCGCAGCUCAAACGGAGUCCUGCUGUUCAAAGAGGGAGAGACAUGGGGCGCUCUAGGUGCAAGACGCUGCUGAUCGUAGCUCUGCUGAGCAUCGUUGCUCUGCAGUUGUGGGCCUCUGUCGAAGCCCGUGACGAAGAAUAUGACGAACUGAACUUCCAAGGCUUGUCAGGCUCCAGCGGCAAUGACGGCAAGAGUAGCGACGGCAAGGACAGCAGUGAUGGCAAGGACGGCAGUGACGGCAAGGACAAAGGCGAUGGCAAGGACGGCAGCGAUGGCAAGGACAAAGGCGACGGCAAAGACGUCAGUGAUGGCAAGGACAAAGGUGAUGGCAAAGACGGCAGUGACGGCAAGGACAAAGGCGACGGCAAGGACGGCAGUGACGGCAAAGACAAAGGUGAUGACAAAGACGGCAGUGACGGCAAAGACAAAGGCGACGGCAAGGACGGCAGUGACGGCAAGGACGGCAGUGACGGCAAGGACAAAGGCGACGGCAAAGACGUCAGUGAUGGCAAGGACAAAGGUGAUGGCAAAGACGGCAGUGACGGCAAGGACAAAGGCGACGGCAAGGAUGGCAGUGACGGCAAAGACAAAGGUGAUGACAAAGACGGCAGUGACGGCAAAGACAAAGGCGACGGCAAGGACGGCAGUGACGGCAAGGACAAAGGCGACGGCAAAGACAAAGAUGAUGGGAAGGACAAAGGCGACGGCAAGGACGGCAAAGACGAUGACGACAAGGAUUGCAGUUCAACGGGAUACAAGGGCCGCAACCCCUGCAAGAACAAGUCUCCUCCUCCUGCAAAAUCUCCUCCUCCCCAGACUCCCAAGUCUCCACCACCUCCGAAGAAAUCUCCCCCUCCUUCAUACACACCUCAGUCGCCACCACCACCGGCUAAAUCGCCACCUCCUCCCGUGGUUGUGAAGUCCCCCCCUCCACCUGUGAAAUCUCCUCCUCCUCCAGUUGUUGUGAAAUCUCCCCCUCCUCCAGCGAAAUCUCCUCCUCCUCCAGUUGUUGUGAAAUCUCCCCCUCCUCCAGCGAAAUCUCCUCCUCCUCCAGUUGUUGUGAAAUCUCCCCCUCCCCCAGCGAAAUCUCCUCCUCCUCCCUACGUCCCGAGCUCUCCACCACCUCCAGUGAAAUCUCCUCCCCCUCCAGUUGUCGUGAAAUCUCCCCCUCCCCCAGCGAAAUCUCCUCCUCCUCCCUACGUCCCGAGCUCUCCACCACCUCCAGUGAAGUCUCCUCCCCCUCCAGUUGUCGUGAAAUCUCCCCCUCCUCCAGCGAAGUCUCCUCCUCCUCCCUACGUCCAGAGCUCUCCACCACCUCCAGUGAAAUCUCCUCCCCCUCCAGUUGUCGUGAAAUCUCCCCCUCCUCCAGCGAAGUCUCCUCCUCCUCCCUACGUCCCGAGCUCUCCACCACCUCCAGUGAAAUCUCCUCCCCCUCCAGUCGUCGUGAAAUCUCCCCCUCCUCCAGCGAAGUCUCCUCCUCCUCCCUACGUCCCGAGCUCUCCACCACCUCCAGUGAAAUCUCCUCCCCCUCCAGUCGUCGUGAAAUCUCCCCCUCCUCCAGCGAAGUCUCCUCCUCCUCCCUACGUCCCGAGCUCUCCACCACCUCCAGUGAAAUCUCCUCCCCCUCCAGUUGUCGUGAAAUCUCCCCCUCCUCCAGCGAAGUCUCCUCCUCCUCCCUACGUCCCGAAUUCUCCACCACCUCCAGUGAAAUCUCCUCCCCCUCCAGUUGUUGUGAAAUCUCCCCCUCCUCCAGCGAAGUCUCCUCCUCCUCCCUACGUCCCGAAUUCUCCUCCACCUCCAGUGAAAGCUCCUCCUCCUCCCGUUGUUGUGAAGUCUCCCCCUCCUCCAGCGAAAUCUCCCCCUCCUCCAUACGUACACAGUUCUCCACCACCUCCAGUGAAGUCUCCUCCCCCUCCAGUUGUUGUGAAAUCUCCCCCUCCUCCAGCGAAGUCUCCUCCUCCGUACGGUCACAAGUCUCCACCACCUUCAGCAAAAUCUCCUCCCCCAGUGGUUGUCAAGUCCCCUCCACCUGCGGGCAAGUCUCCCCCACCAUACAAAAGCCCACAUUGGUAGAGGCUACUUGUGCUCGGGUCUGAGAGCAUUCGUCGAUAUAACAGAUCAAUCGACGACAUCAUACCGGCACUGUUUGUGAUCCGUGAAUGGCAGAUCAUACCAGCGCCGCCCUCAUGACUCGUGAAUCAAAAUGGUGGUGUGCUUUGUAGGAUUUAGAAGUAGAUCAAAUCUCUGUGCUCUGAGCGUGACUACGUUCCUGGCGAAGGCCAAUUUUACUUCCUGUCAUGCACAGUAGUUUAGCUCCUUAGGGGAUUCUAGAGUCGGUCCUGAUAGCACAUGCAGAGUGAAUGAAAACGUCCAAACGUGUUCAUCUCUUCAUUUCAGAACCUCUUGUGUACAAUCUUCAAUAUCAAUAUGAUCAAGGUUU